GAAGCCAUUGCUCGCAUGGCCAGCAUACCGAAUCACACAAAUCCCGCCAGCGUCGGUGCCGAUUAAGCAGUACUGCAGAGGCCAGACAUUACGGGCCUUCACUACCGCUCGAUGCCAGCGAGACGAACAACGGGAGACAGCGAAGAGGACGAGCAGCAUCAGCGAGGACAUCUCCUCCCUGGUUGAUGGCACGCUUGACCCCGCUAAGGGCACUUCCUCAACUCCGGCAUCACGAACCUCACGAUUCAAGCCACUGGACCCUACCCAGAGCAGUGGUAUGCAAGGUGUAGCAAAUGAACUCGAGCAAGCGCAAGCCAGCAGAAGGAACAGUGUCGAUGAACUCCUCCUACGCAUGGCCAAUCCAAACGAGCGAAAACGCACGAUAUCGGGCUACAAGGCCUCCGACAUCAACGACAUGUUUAGUGGAAACGGCGGCCAGCCCGUUCUCACGAAAGAGGCAGAACCUGUGCGUCUGCCACCGAAUGUUGGGAGGCUGGUCGCAGUGGACGAAAAACGUGGCAUAGACGUCGCGAGAGCAUUUCGCAUGAUGGAGGUUCAAUGCAGUCGGAAUCGUGUCAAGAGGUCUUUCGCACUGGGACGGUUCUAUGAACGGCCUGGCCUGAAGCGAAAAAGGCUGAAGCACGAGAGAUGGAUCAAGCGUUUCAAGGAGAACUUCAAAGGCACUGUACAGAUGGUACAAAAGAUGAAGAAGCAAGGCUGGUAAGCUCUAUGGACGAGAGGGGAGGAGGGGAAGUCCACGAAUUCCAGUGGCAGAACUACGUGUAACAGCAUGCGUCCCGCUGUCAGCCUCAGUUCCCCGCCUACGGUGUGCCUGGGGAUCAAGCAUGCUCGAGCCGAGGAUUUGGUACAUAGCAUCAGCGUGCAGUGGCGGGCAGAGCAAACGAUACUUUUUCAGAGCCUUAUAAGCCACGAUGGAGAGUCCAUAAACGAUGAACAAGCUGGUGUGCGAACCGUGGGUGGAUCAUCGGGAAACGGCCGCUUCAACUUACAGGGGAUAGUAUGUAUCAUCGCUGAAGACGAGAAGAGUCUCCGGCGUCGUCAGCGAGAGGCGGCGUAUGGUCUGCAUAUGAUGCAUCGAGGACCCGCCAACGGUGUCUGAAGUCUGCCACCAUCAUGCUAGUCGACAAUAAAAUACUAUUCUGAGCGGACAGCAGAUAUAACACAGAUUCUCAUGCGACGGAGCUCUGUAUAGAGAUAUAAGUAUUAGCUAACAAGUAUACAGUGGGGAGGCAGCCAACCUACCACACAACAUCUUGCCGAGCGGAAUAAAAGCUUUAGUGCAACCAUGGCUAUUCAACACACUUCCUCCCGCAACCACAACCAGUUGAUGCGUCAGAACUCAGAAAAGUGAGGACAUCAGAGAUUCCAUUUGCUAUGUUACGAAUCAUCAGCAACAAAGAUGCUACACUUUCCCAUCAAUACUGCACGUACUUGCAAAAUCACUCAUCCCGAUCAGAACGACGAAAGAUACAUUCUACCAACCGGCUUUUUGAAGUACGCAACCAGCCACCACAGCAACAGCAACAGCGACAGCAUCGUACGAAAGUAGAGUUUUAAUUGCCGAACAUCGACUCG